CCUUGGCGAGGGGAAAGCAGGGAGUUCGUGGCUUCCCCCACCCAUCAGUUUAGCUUGACCCUCAGUUAUGCUGCCCCCUAUUUCUUCCCAUUUACCCCAGAAUAACUGAUCCCAGAUGCCCCGCCACUGCUCUGCCACUGGCUGCUGCACCCGCGACACACCUGAGACACGCAACAGAGGCAUUUCCUUCCAUCGACUGCCGAAGGACAAUCCACGGCGAGCCACUUGGUUGGAGAAUUGUCGACGGAAGGAUAUGAGUGGCCAGGGUCUCUGGGACCCAGCCUCUAAAUAUGUUUACUUUUGCUCUAAGCACUUUGAAAAGAGUUGCUUCGAACUGGUGGGUACCAGUGGUUACCACAGGCUCAAGGAGGGUGCUGUUCCCACCAUAUUUGAGCUUCAUGCCAAACCACGCCGAAAAUCAAAACUAGGCAACUCCAAACUUGUAAAGCGUGAAAAGAAGCAAAGUGGUGGUCCUUGUCCAAAGGAGGAAUCGACGCCAUUGUGCAUAGACAUCUCGUGCUUCCCCGAACAAGAGCUGCCAAGCCCUGGGGCUGCUCCCACCAGUGGUGAGCCCCGAAACCAGCCCAUCUUUGCUGGGCCAGAGCCAGAACGCUUGGCCACCCUGUCAGACAUUCCCCUGGAGCAGUCACCAGCUGCUACAGGCCAGGAAGAAGCAACUCCCUCUCCAGCUCUCCCAGAGCCAGUGGGGGAUUCAUCCCAUCCCGUUUCCCUCUCCCUCUACAUGCUGCGCCUCCCACCCCCAGCUGGUGCUUACAUCCAGAACGAGCACAGCUACCAGGUAGGUAGCGCCUUGCUCUGGAAAAGGCGAGCAGAAGCAGCCCUUGAUGCUUUGGGGAAAGCUCAGCGAGAACUGCAGGCUUGCCGCCGCCGAGAGCAACGGCUCCGCCUGCGUAUCUGUGAGCUACAGCGAGAGCGACGACCACACAACUCUGACACUCAUCGAAGGCUAAAGGAGCACCUGCAGGUCUUUGAACUGGAGUUACUCAAUGAUCUUGAGUAACUUUGGCACGGGCCAAAAUCAGCCUUCCCUUCUUUGGCACACUUAGGGGCUUGGGCUGUAUGAUAUUUCUGUUGGCCAAGCUGUCCAGUGGAGCUUGGACUACAAACAAGCUGACCACUUGAUGCUUGCCUCCUGUCCCUUGAUAUGUACUCUGUAUCUGUAAAUAAAGAUUGUUUUGUAUGACUGGAUGCUCCCAGCAUGACUUAAAAACAUA